UGAAAGUUAAAUUCUUCUCUAGGAUGCAUACCAUAUAGUCCGCAGUAGGGGUACAACGAAUGUGCUUGAAUGGAACAACGUCAUCUUGCCAUUUCUAAAAAAGGCAAGAUUGGAUCCGAUUAGGCACUUUAGUGGAAUAAAGAUCGACCGCUAACUCAUCACAACAUUGGUAGAGAGAUGGCGAAAGGAGACACAUUGCUUCAAUUUUCGUGAAAGCGAGUGCACCAUCACACUUAAGGACAUUGCCAUCCUAACUGAUUUUCCCAUCGAUGACGAUGUUAUUUGUGUGGACUCUACGCCACCAGUUAAAGUUGUUGCCAAUAUGAGUGGUUGGCAGCAUUUUAUAUGGACCGUCACGGCGUUGUGUCCGUCAGAAAAGGGAGAUCACGAUGCAGAUGUUAAUCCACCAUUGUCCAAGGGCCAAGUAUCCAUCACUUGGUUGACAUCGGAGAUCAGGCGUAAGCACAACCCUGAGGUCGGAGGCAUUCCCCUCACGGAGGAAAGUUUGGAGCGUGAUAAAGACAUUUAUGCACGUAUCUACAUCCUCGGCAUGAUCGGAGGAGUUUUCUUCCCCAAAAAAUCCAACAAUUUAAUCAACAAUUCAUGGUUGAAGAUCAUAUUUGGAGAUUGGGAUGAUAUGGGAAACCUGAGCUGGGCAUCUGCUUGCCUAACUCAUCGCUACCGCUCCCUCUGUAAUGCCAGUUCGAGAGCGGUGAAGGAGAUUGAUGGGGCCAUGUUCAUCAUCCAAUUUUGGGCUUGGAAGGAUUUGCCAUGGAUUGCGCCGACGGUAGACCCCGAACAAAAGCGUAAGGUAAACAAGGCUUCCGUUCUGAGCAAUACAAGUACAGUCGUAAGACUCUUAGGAGAGGUAUACAUCUCCUUAGAAACACAGCCUGUUUGACAGAAAAAGGGGGCAUCCGAGGAUCGCUUAGAACCCGAUUUUCCCAGAAAAUGGGAAUAUCAUGAUGAUCGCUUAAAACCCCAUUUUCUUAGGCAUGCAUUACUUUAUAAAGAGCCUAAAUAAGU